CUUGCACUUCAAAAGACGAUGUGCGGUCAUGGCGGUCAUGGCGGAGACGGUUCGGAUUGACGUGCGUGCAUUGAGCGGUGAGCAGGUUGCAGAGGUGGUCCUGCCGCGCAAAUCCUCUGGGGAAGAGCUUCAUCGCUUGGUAAACUUGAAGGCUACAACACUGGCAUUUCGAUGGCAACUGGUGCGGAAUGCAGCGCCCAUCGAGGGAGCAGUGGAGCUGGUGGACGGCGAGGCACGUGCGAGCACUGUGGAAGUUGCAAGUGAGUCCCAGCGCCCGAGACGGAGACCGAGCGCCCGGAAAGCAGGUGCAUCGACUGCCAUGGGGCGAGUGCCGCCUGCCGGACUGCUACCAGCAGGUGACCAAUGUGGAGCAUCGAAAGGGCUGGGGCCGAGCGUUGGCAUCGCAGAUGAAGGAGCCAGAAAUGGUUCUAUUCCGGAAAGUCCCCUGCUGCUUCCGGACCGCGGAGAAGCUCUUCAACGAAUAUUCCUUCUUGAAGGAGGCCAAGAGUGUCCAUACCAUCAACGUCAUGGACUUGUUCGUCUCCCCAGGCGACCCUGAUGGUGCAGAUAUGCAGGGUGACAUCUAUUCCGUCUUUGAACACAUGGAUCUUUCUUUGGCAAUGAUGCUGCGGCGCUUCCACAAAUUGCCAUCUCGCUUAGAUAGUAUGUCCAGCACGGCUGAGCACAGCUUUCGCCCAGUUUGUGACUACAUUCUCUACGGUGUGGUGAGGGGUUUGCAGUACAUCCACAGUGCUCGAGUGGCGCACGGCGAUCUUUGCCCAGAGAAUGUUUGGCUGAACAACAACGAUGACGUGAAGCUGGCAGGCUUUCAACACAUGCAUCCGACUGAGCCCUCGGAAAGCUGGCAUUGGCAGCCACUGGAAUUCUUUGACUUCUCCCUAAAGUCCAUCCCUUUCACAGCACCAGAGGUGCUGCGCGGUGCGUGCUUCGGUGGCGCUGCGGCGGAUCUCUGGGGCGUGGGCGGAAUGUUGGGACACUUCUUGAUGGGACGUCCAGUGUUUCCCAAUGCUUCCUCCUGUGCAGAGCAGUUGGAGCUUCAUGAGCAGCUGGAGCUGCCAGAAGUCGAGGGACGGCCCGACGGUUGUGCAGUGCAGCAAGAGAUGCUACGAGGACUUUUGCAGGCAGAGCCGCACAGGCGUGGAAGCGCAGUCGACUUGCUCCACUCGGAAUGGUUUGCCAAGCUGGCAGAAGGCUGCAAAGACUACCGAGCAGAGGUGUACUCCAUCAGGGCCUUUGAUUCAAUAGGCUCGUUGCAAGAGGCUUUCCUCACUCUUGGCCUGGAUAGACCAGGAGCAGAGUGAAAUCCGCCUGGUUCCACUUGACGCCUGGCACAGCAUGGCGCAGCUUCACGCGCAGCUUCACGCGCAGCUUCACGCGCAGCUUCACGCGCAGCGUGGCGUGGCCACAGGUUCCAUGGCCAAAUACAUACUGUCUUUUGCAAAGCAAGGCAAUCGAGGCAUAGAACUACCCUCUGAAAUGGAGCAUGUUGAUCAGAACAUAUCCCUUUGAACGUCAUUCAUCGGUAAUGAUGCUUGCUAUGUUGUUUGGUUGCUAUAUGCUUUUGUAAAUAUGGUGAUUGAAAAGGAGUGUGCGGUUCUGGUGAAAAUCGCCUGCAUUCGUCUUGCAUUCAUCGCACAUAGGGCAAUACUAGAGGUGAAUCAACUCCAGCAAACCUUUGCGAAAGCAGAGAUUCCAUAUUCAGCCAGAGACGUGGCAGCAUUUGUUCAUUGCUGUAAGUAGCACAAGCGAACCACGGCGAUGAAGGUGUGGUCUGGCUGAUUUCUUGGCGGUGAGAGACCUAUCGACCUAUCCACCGAUUCCUCUUGGCCCAGAAGCGUUGGAACCGAUUCACCGUUGGUCAAGGCCGACUGGCAAUGAAUGGCAGUCGACGAAGUGAAGAUGCCCGUUUUGGUCAGAAAAGUGCCUGAAAAGUGGGAUUCGCUGGCCCUACCUUGUGGAGAGAAAGGUAGCCUGUGCGAGAAAAAGGGCGGCUGUGGCAGACCAUCCAGUACUUGUGCGCCUGCCAGCAGACCUCGUGCAGCGCGGGCAGAUGUUUCCAAGUGCAUCGCGG